GUCGCGAGGACCCCACCUGGUCAAAGAUAAGCCAUGUGCUGCAGCUGUUCGAGGAGGGUGCGGAGUAUGUGUUCUGGAUGGAUGCUGACAGUUUGUUCCUGCAUGACGGGGUGGACCUCCAGUGGGCGUGCGAGCUCGAUCGGGACUUUGUUUUUGCUGGUGAUCUCAAUGUUGUGUUUAACGCUGGGCAUUUUCUGGCCCGGCGCGGCCAGUGGGCGUCCAGGUUCCUCCGGGACGCCUUUCAGAUUUAUCCUUGGCCACAUUGGGAGGACAACGGAGCUAUGAUGAUCAUGCUCGGAGGUGGCUCGCCCGACGAUCCCGAUACCUGGAUGCCAGCCUUCGAGAGGAUGAAGGAGUGCGAGCACGCGAUGCGGCACCUGCUGCCGGCGGACGUCGCGGCGCGCGUGGCCGUCGUGCCGCAGCACCUCCUGAACGCGUACGAGUGGCCCGGCGGCGGCGGGCUUGCGGCCGUCGCCUACGGGCACCCGAUUCUCCAUUUUGCGGGCUGCUCUGCUGAGGAGAAGGUCGCCCACAUUGCUCGUUUUGCGCAGUGCACGGGCGAUCCGUGUGAGCUGUUGCCUCUGAUGCGGUAG